CUUGGAGUGCACUGCAUCAACCAAAGGAGACAUCACCAUCUGCUAUUACCACUCUCGCUCUAUCACGAUUGGAAUUCGCCUGGGGGAUGCGGCUGGGCUGUUCCGCUCUUCGUUCAUGAUCACCCGACCCGCGACGAGGCCGCAGUCCCUACUGCGAGCCAUCGUCAAACAAGCUCAAUCCUCUCUCCCUCGUACACAGCGUCGAAGCAAGCACAGCGUCCCGCUAUGGGCGGACUCCAAGAAACAAGAGCGGUUUGCCAAAAAUGGCGUCCCGGGCUUCCUCUCGCCGACCACCUACCACGAGACCUACGAGAAAUACACCCAACACUUGUGCGACCGGUUAAACGAGUGGACUCAAGGGACACCCGAUGAAUCCACAUCAGCUUUCGACCUGCACGCCAUCAACGCGCACAAACCGGAGCGGGCGGCGCUGUACAACCACGCCGCCAUGGCUAACCACACGCACUUCUUCUGGGAGUCGCUAACAGACGCCGAAGACCCCGUCGAACGUCGUCCCGGCUUGAACACGAUGCGAUCGAUAGAGAUGGACUUCGAGUCGGUGGACCACCUGCGGUCCGAGUUUUUGGAGGUUGCCGACGCCAUGUUCGGCAACGGGUUUGUGUGGUUGAUGAAGCCACCCACCCCGGGUGGGCUCACGAUUCUGGCAACCUACAACGCCGGCAGCCCGUACUCGGAAGCAGCUCCGCGCAGAGACAACCGCGACAUGGCCACCUACGACGGCCGCCAACUGGCCGCUCAACUGUCUGGACGAGGAGGUCUAGGCGCAGGCAGUUUGGAAGAGCGCACCUUAGGCCGAGGAGGCGGCUUAGGUGUGGCUGGUUCCUUUGGCGACUUCAGCUCUGCCCGUGCCAAUCUGUAUUCAGGCGCUCUGAACGCCCAGCCCAUCCUGUGCGUCAACGUCUGGCAGCACCAAUAUAUUCCCGACUACGGCGUCCUGGGCAAGCGUGCUUACUUGACCGCCUGGUGGGACCAUAUCGAUUGGCAGAUGGUCGAGCGCCGCCAUUCCAUGUACGAGACCGAGGGCGAGAGGUUUGCUCCCAACCGGAACUCGAGGCCCUAUGCAAAUGUCAUGGAUGCCGUGACUAGAGCCAUGUAAGAAAAUCCGAAAAUUAUGGAAUCAAUACUUGCUCGCUCGCACGAUGUGAAUUUGUGUCAUGACCGAAAGGCAUCAAUCGCGGGAUCUUUACAGUUUGCGGCACGAGCAGGAUUGAUUUAUAAUUUUUUUUGGAGAAAAUUUACAGGACCUAGGACUCUGGGACCGGCAGCCUAAAAGAAUUGUUCGGAUCGUAUUAGUACAUUUUUGAUACCACUGCAGUUUCCAGAUAUCUGCGUAGAGGUGUCUAGACAGGCGAACAAAGAGACCCCUAUCAACUUGAACUUGGUGGCUCGCCUACUACCGGUGGAGUGUUAGGAAUUCGCUUCACAGUAAAGUACUAGUAAUUGUAUGUUCUUGAAGUUUUUCUAGCUCGCUAUCCUGCCGGGCCUGGUGUCCGGUGACUCCUCGGGUGGGUAGGUAGUCAGUCCAACCAUGUCGCUCAUGCCCAAAGGGUCGAAUGCAGCAAGCAAAGCUGGGGUGCCUAGUGUUGACUUCCAGGCGAGCUGGUUCGAAACCCUGUAAGCACU